AGCGGCGGCGGCGGAGGGGAGGGAAGGGAAGAUGGCGGCGCCGGCUGGAACCGUCACCCGGGCGACGCCGCGGCCCCGCCGCCUGCAGUCCUGAAGGGCCCGGCCCAGCCGUGGCGGGCGGUGGCCGGCGGCAGGCAGUGGGAUGCCAUGGCCAUGGCCAGCUCCUCAGACAGCGAUGAUGAUGGUUUCAUGGCCGUGGAUGCAGAAGACACCGUGGGGGAAGGGACGAUGGAGCAAGACGAUGAGCCGCAGGCUGAGCUGGAGCUGGAGGAACCCAGGCAUAACAGGUCCAUGGUGGAGCUCCCAGAGGAGGUCCUGGAGUACAUCCUCUCCUUCCUGUCACCCUACCAGGAGCACAAGACUGCUGCCCUUGUCUGCAAGCAGUGGUAUCGACUCAUCAAAGGUGUGGCCCAUCAGUGCUACCAUGGCUUCAUCAAAGCAGUGCAAGAAGGCAACAUCCAGUGGGAGAGUCGCACCUACCCCUACCCUGGCACCCCUAUCACCCAGCGCUUCUCCCACAGUGCAUGUUACUACGAUGCCAACCAGUCCAUGUACGUGUUCGGGGGCUGCACCCAGAGCAGCUGCAAUGCUGCCUUCAAUGACCUCUGGAGACUUGACCUCAACAGCAAGGAGUGGAUCCGGCCCCUGGCAUCAGGUUCCUACCCCUCACCCAAAGCUGGGGCCACGCUGGUGGUCUACAAGGACUUGCUUGUGCUUUUUGGUGGCUGGACAAGGCCAAGCCCUUACCCUCUGCACCAGCCAGAGAGGUUCUUCGAUGAGAUCCAUACCUACUCCCCCUCCAAAAACUGGUGGAACUGCAUUGUGACCACCCACGGGCCCCCUCCCAUGGCAGGACACUCCUCCUGUGUCAUCGAGGACAAGAUGAUUGUCUUUGGCGGCUCGCUGGGCUCCAGGCAGAUGAGCAAUGACGUCUGGGUGCUGGAUCUUGAGCAGUGGUCUUGGUCCAAGCCGAGCAUCUCUGGCCCCAGCCCUCACCCCCGAGGUGGCCAAUCUCAGAUCGUCAUUGACAACGAAACCAUUUUAAUCCUGGGUGGCUGUGGUGGUCCCAAUGCACUGUUCAAAGACGCUUGGCUGCUGCACAUGCAGGCAAACCCCUGGACGUGGCAGCCGCUCAAGGUGGAGAAUGAAGACCACGGAGCCCCAGAGCUUUGGUGCCAUCCUGCCUGCAGGGUGGGACAGUGCGUGGUGGUCUUCAGCCAAGCUCCCAGCGGGAGAGCCCCGCUGAGUCCCAGCCUCAACUCCAGGCCCUCUCCCAUCAGUGCCACCCCGCCCGCGCUGGUGCCCGAGCCGCGGGAGUACCGCUCGCAGUCUCCGGUGCGCAGCACGGACGAAGCUCCCUGCGUCAACGGCCGCUGGGGCACCCUGCGGCCCCGAGCGCAGCGCCAGACCCCCUCGGGCUCCCGGGAGGGCAGCCUGUCCCCGGCCAGAGGGGACAGUUCCCCUGUGCUCAACGGAGGGAGUUUGUCCCCCGGCGCCGCGGCAGGCUCGUCCCUGGACAGCCCUGUGCAGCCGGUGUCCCCCGGCACCCCCUCCGCGCCCGACGGAUACGACCUCAGGGUGGGGCUGGCCCUGGCGCCGCGCCGGGGGUCGCUGCCGGAGCAGAAGGAUCUGCGCUUGGCAUCCGUCGACCUGAACUGGGACCAGAAACCCACUUCCAUCCUCUGCCAGCUGGAGGCCGGGGAGGGCAGGACGCUCGGCGCCGCUGCGAGGAACCCUCCCGAGCAGACCAACGGCAUCCACACACCGCCCCACGUCGCCGGCUCCUUGCCGGGGGCCGUCUCCCCCAGCGCGCUCCGCAGGAGCCUGGAGGCUGUCAAAGCUCUUUCCUCCAAAGGCUCCUCGGCUUCGGCGGCCUUGAGCCCUCCCCUGGCCUCAUCGCCGGGCUCCCCGGGCAGCGAGCCGGGCUCGGCGGCGCGGCCGGGCUCUACCCAAGGCGACGGCCACUCCUUACCUCCCAUCGCCCGCCGCUUGGGCCACCACCCUCCGCAGUCCCUCAACGUGGGGAAGCCUUUGUACCAGAGCAUGAACUGCAAGCCCAUGCAGAUGUACGUGCUGGACAUUAAGGACACCAAGGAGAAAGGACGAGUCAAAUGGAAAGUGUUCAGCAGCAGCUCGGUGGUGGGGCCGCCCGAGACCAGCUUGCACACGGUGGUGCAAGGCAGAGGGGAGCUGAUCGUUUUCGGUGGCCUCAUGGACAAGAAACAGAACGUCAAAUACUACCCCAAAACCAAUGCCUUGUACUUUGUGCGAGCCAAGAGAUAAUGCGGCCUGGGCCCCGCCGCCAGCGCCUCCUCCCUGCCCUCCCUCCCUUCCCUCCUUCCUUCCCUGCCCUCCUUCCUUCCCUUCCUGCCUUCCCUCCCUGCCCUCCUGCCCUCCUUCCCUCCCUUCCCUCCCCUCCUUCCCUCCCUUCUCUCCUUCCUUCCCCACCCUCCUUCCCUCUCUUCCCUCCCCUCCUUCCCUUCCCGCCUUCCCUCCCUGCCCUCAUUCCUUCCCUGCCCUCCUGCCCUCCUUCCCUCCUUUCCCUCCUUCCUUCCCUUCCCUCCUUCCCUCUUGCCCUCCUUCCCUCCUUCCUUCCCCACCCUCCUUCCCUCUCUUCCCUCCUUCCCUCCCUGCCCUUAUUCCUUCUUGCCUUCUUUCCUUCCCUGCCCUCCUUCCCUCUUGCCCUCCUUGCUUCCCUGCCUCCUUCUUCUCUCUUCCGUCCUUCCCUCCCUGCUUUCCUUCCCUCUCUUCCCUCACUGCCUCUCUUCCCUCCUUCUCUCUCUUCCCUCCUCUCUCUUCCCUUCUGCUCUCCCUUCCCUCCUUCCCUCCCUUCCUCUUUUUCUUCCUCUUUCUCUUCCCCUCUUCUUCUUCCCCUCCUUCCCCUCCCCCUUCCCUCCCUUUCUUCCUGUUCCACUCCCUUCACUCCUCCCUCCCUCUUUCCCUCCUUCCCUCCUUUCCCUUUUUCCUCCCAUUCCAUCUUCCUUCCCUCCCUCCCUCCCUCCCUCCCUCCCUCUUUUCCUCCCUCUGUUCCUCCUCCCUUCCUCUUCUCCUCUCUCCAUUCCCCUCUCCCUCCUUCACUUCCUCUUCCCCUCCUCCCUCAUUCCUCCCCUCCUCUUUCCCUCUCUCCCUUCCUCAUUCCCUCCCUCCCUUCCUUUUCCCCUCCUUUCCCUCCUGCCCUGCUCCCUUCCCUCUCUUCCCCAGCCCUUGCUCCAUCACUCAGACUUUCCAACUGUGAAUUUAGGGAGCGAGAACCCAAUAAAAUCCACCCAAAACCUCCA